AUGGUCCCUUACGUUCUAGGCGAUGCAUCGCAGCAGCCUUCGGCUACAGGUAGAGUGUACGCAGUUGUUCCUCACGAUCAUGACACGAGCGGGGCUAUGGUGGAAGCCAAUUACCCUGCCCAUAACCCUAGCCCUAUCCCUAGUUACAUCCCCAAUCCUGCGACGGUCGCCGACCCCUACGCUCCGCAUGGCGGAAACUCGGCGGCGGGGUGCUGUUAUGCGAGUAGCAGCGGAGCUGAGGCGAUUCAGCAGUACGUUAUCCAGCCUGGUACCUAUGGAACACCGGUGGUUGCUCUCGGACCUCCGAAUGGAUUGAAUCCUGCAGUCCCUCAUCAAUCUCUCCCCGGCCAAUACGAGCUCCAUAUAAACUAUGAAAGAGGCAUAAAGAUGGGCUCCCACAUGAGCAAGAUGGCACAAUCAGCAUAUUGUGAGGUUUGUGAGAUUGAGUGUAAUAGCCGACAAGUCCUUGAAACCCAUAAACAAGGGAAGAAGCACAAGAAAAAUCUUCAGAAGCUGCAGGAAGCAAUCACUCCCAAACCCAACGAAGUUGUAAAACCUACUAAUAUGGAAGCUCCAGUAGCUGAGGUUGCUCUCGGACCUCUGAAUGGAUUGAAUCCUGCAGUCCCUCAUCAAUCUCUGCCCGGCCAAUACGAGCUCCAUAUAAACUAUGAAAGAGGCAUAAAGAUGGCUCCCACAUGAGCAAGAUGGCACAAUCAGCAUAUUGUGAGGUUUGUGAGAUUGUUAAGGUAUUCCAAAGUUUUAUGUUGCAAGAGAAUGGAUGUGCAUGGAGAUGAAAAGAGGCUAGAAAUUUGGAUUAGCGUGUAUGUGUAAUUGUUUUGUGACCAAGAAGGGAGGUCUUAAAGUGACAAUUUUGUCGAACACCUUUGAUGCUGGUGUAGCAUUAAGCUUCCUGAAGAUAUUGACUUCCAUGCUUGCUGUAGUCAUCCAUUAACAAUGCCUAGAAUUAUCUCUUAUUUAAAAGAAGACUUUCUUCCCUUC